AUGAUGGAGCCGAAGCAGCAGAUGCUGACGCAGGCGCGAUCACAGCGCGUGGUGCCCAGCAUCAUCACGUGCAAUGUCAUCCUUGGUAAACUGAGAUGGAAAGAAGCUCUAUCUUUGCUCCAGCAGGUCGGAGCUGAUCUUUUGCGCCCCACCGUGGUGACAUUCGGCACUGCUGCGGCUGCAUGUGAGAGGGGGCAACGCUGGCACUGGGCUUUGACCUUGUUCAAAGCCGUGGAUGGGGCCGGCUUGCAGCCAGACGCACUGACACACGGCGGAGCGAUCGCGGCGUACAGGACGCUGUCUUCUUGGAACCAGGCAGUGUCGAUGCUCUGCCGCAUGGACUUGGACCGCGUGCAGCAGAACAAAUUCACGUACGCCGGCAUUCUCGGAGCGAUCGAGAGAUCUGGGUCAUGGGCGAGCGCCAUCUCCCUUUUCUCAAGGGCAUGCUUGGAAGGUCAUCAGCCGGAUGAAGUCAUAUAUGGGACGGUCCUCAGCUGCUGUCGAAAAGCAGGGAGGUGGCAAGAAGCACUCCACCUGCUCAAUGCAGGUGUUGAGCAGCGAUCCGUGCCUGGGGUGAUUUGCUACAACCUUGUGAUUGGAUGCUGUGCUGAUCUGAAGCAAUGGCAGCCUGCCCUGUCGAUUCUGAACAGCAUGCGAACGAAUGGUGUAGAGCCCACAGCAAUCUCCUACACGGCCGCCAUCGGCGCCUGUGGAAGGGAGUGGGAACAGGCUUUGGCUUGCAUGGCGAGCGCCCUUGGAAGUCUUCAGCCGGAUGUGAUUCUGUACAAGGCUCUGCUCCAGGCAUGCAAGGGGGCUGAAGCGGCUGAAGGUCAGCUGCAGCUGUGGAAGGAGCUGCGGAAGGAGGCCGCGACUCAGGGCCUCAGUCUGGAUGCGGUGGAUGCGGUGGAUGAGGUGAAUGCCCUUAAGGGUUCGCCAGAUUCUCUGAGAAUGAACCUUUUUCAAACGCAGCGUCUGGAUGAUGUGGCCGGCUGCACCGCUGCCAUGCGCUGUUGCGACAACGGGGCAUGGGAGCAGGCGCUGGCCCUCUUCUCGGCCGCGGCGACGAAGAAACUCGAGCUGGAUCACGUCAUCUAUGCCACCAUGCUUCAAGCCUGCCAACAAGGAGCCGCCUGGAUCGCCGGAGUCAGCUUGCUGGCGGAGAUGAAGGUCAACACCAUGCAACCAGACCUGGGGAUGCAUCUUUCGGCUUUCUAUGCCUGCGCUGCUUGCCGAGAAGCUCAGGCCACCUUCUCUUUGCUGAGGAAGAUGCAGGACGGAGGCUUCUGCCCACCCGCCGCAGUCUACGAGGCAGGCAUCUCGGCCAUGAGUUGGGCAGACUCCCUCCAGCUCCUUACUGAGUGCCUGCAAAAGUCUGUGCCGCUGAAACGAGAAGUCUGCGAGGGCACGAUGGAGUCCCUUGCGCGGGGAGCGCGAUGGGAAUUAGCUUUACAGCUGCUGGCAACGAUCGAUGGUCUGGACUUGAGUGAGCGGUCUUGGACCCAGCGGAGCCAACGCUUGUACGCUGCCGCCAUGUCAGCAUGCCGGAAAUGCCGCAAAUGGAGACAAGUUCUAGGUCUACUGAAGCAUGCAAGAGACAGGCAAGUAACGAUUGAUAUUCAUCUGUACAACGAUGCCUUGGGUGCGUGCUCCCGACGUCAGGUUUGGACUCAAGCUUUGGAGGUAUCGGCCCAGAUCGUGGCAAACCUGGCGCCGGACGCCAGAACCUACGCACUGUUGAUCAACGCCUGCAGAAAGAGAGCCAAGCAUCUGAUACCAAGCCUGGUGGUGGAGGCUGAAUCGAAAGUUACACUCAGUGAGAGCGCAUAUCGUGAAGCCAUUCGGACGCAGCAACUGGCCUCGCAGUGGCAGCAAGUGAUGCAACUGUUUUUCCGAAUGGAAGCCGCGCAGCUGUGUCCAGAUGCGCGCCUGUAUCAGAUGGUGUUGCGGUCAAUUGGGAAGAAACGCGCCGCGGGUGCAUGGGAGUAUGGCGUCGCCUUGCUUGCGCGUGCGGAGCAACAAGGCUUGGUUCUGGAUGAGGCCACUCGGAACCGCGUAGUUGGCACAGUUCCAGCUCAUGCGCGUGAGAAGGCCCAAGACUGGCUACAUCCGAGCCGGAAUGUGAUUUCGACAAGAGCGACGGAGACCUGGGAGGAAGCAUUGGACAUGCUAGUGGAGACGCUCGCCGCGCCCGAAAGUGGAAGCAAUGACAAGCAGAGCGGCGACGCAGUGUUCGCCGCUCAAGCCGCCUGUUUUCAACUGCUUUCUUGGACAUCCUCGAUCGGCGCCAUGGCUUCGUCCUCGUCGAUGUCUGCCGGCGCUGCCGUGCUCUCCACGGCGGGGCUCGCCGCCAUCAUCAACGCGGCGAUGUCCGACCCCGUCGCGGCGAUGGACAUCAUGGCGGCGCUCCCGAUGUUGACGAGGGAGCGCAUAGUGGCGGCCCACGCCGCUGUCCUCGUCCAUCGCUGCAAUAUCUCCCCCGGCGCACCGCCGACGACGCCACUCGCGGGUGGCUUAGGGGAGGUCCUCUUGCAAACCAGCGGCGCGGCUGUGGCGGCGGCGGCCGCCCUCGGCGACCUGGCGACCCACACCGACCCCGUCGUCCAGGACACGAUCGUCGACGCCGCCCAGACGCGGUCGUCCGACGUCGAGAUCACUGGCGCUGCUUCCCCCCUGACGACGUCGACGUCGGAUCAAGACCCCGCCAACCCUGGAUCGGCAAGCGGCGGGCAGGGCGACGGCGUCGACCGAGUCGAUGACGUCGACGUCAGACGGGGGCGUUCGGUCAUCGUCGAUACCGACGAAGAGACCGAGCCGGGUCUGGAGCCCACGCCGUCACUGGUCGACCAGCCCACACGGUUGCGCUUUCUCGAAAAGCGGCGCGUGCUGCGCAGUGCGCAACCGUAG